UUCUGUGAGUCAUUUGGUCGAACACUUACCGAACACGGGGGCAAAGACCACGGAGUUCUUCUGGCCUUCAUCAAGGAUGUGACGUCGACCGAAGAGUGUCUGUUAGUGGUCUGGGGGAGUGGCUACAAGUAGUCCUUGGAUCUGGUCGUUUCUUAUCGUUACCUCACAUCAAACGAAAAAUGAUUGCUGUCAUCAUGUGGACAAAGGUAGGAAGAUGGUAGCCUUGCGUUUACCAGUGAUUCAGAUCAAAGCGAACUGCCGAAGAUUUUCCAGCGCAAAGCAUCAUCUAACCGAGGCUGUAGAUAGAGAGGACGAUGCAUAGUUUGGUGGCAUCGACCUACCCAUCAUCCUUCCCACUCGAUUCCCUUCGCUGUUCCAGAUCUCACUGCUUCCUACAAACGACAUCUUGCAGCCUUAAAGAGGUGAGUAAGAAAGGCCUUAAAGACACCUGGCCUUCUAUUUCCCUUACCCUCUUCGGCGCAGGCUUCUUCUUGGGUCCUCUUCUUGAUGGGCUACACUCGAGGGUGAAUCUUAUGAUCUACCAAAAUGGAGCAGUUGAUGUUGGCCCUCUGCACACCAAUAUCUGGGUUCCUCCUAUGCUCGGGGCAUUUUAUUGCACUGUGGGACUGUUGCAGCUGCUUUUGGAUGAAAAAGCACCUUCAAAAUCGAAGGUUGGAGUAGGGAGUGUGGGGAAGACAGCAAUCUCACUGACAACACUUGCAGCUUUCAUCGAAUUGAGUGCUGAACUGUACAAAACUGGAGUGGCUGACAAUGUCGAAGCCUACACCUUGUUUGCACUGGCAGAGUUCAUAUGGGUUUUCCUGGAUGGCACAUGGCUUGGAUUUGCCUUGGCUUGCUUUGUUGGUGUUGCAUGCCCCCUAGCUGAGAUUCCAAUGAUCAAACUGUUUCAUCUGUGGACUUACCCUGGUGCUGAUGUCCAACUCUUUGGUGAGGGAUUAGUCAGUUGGACAUCAACCUGCUACUUCGUUUACACACCAUUCUUGACCAACCUCGCACGGUGGCUGAAGUCUGCAACAGCUGAAGCUGAGGACAGUGAUCAAGUAGUUCAAUAAUAGAGAGCUUUAUCAAGCAGCAGAUAAGAAUGAUUGGUAGAGGAUCUUGCAGAAGAUCUCUCUCCCUACAUCUAGCACUCAUCAGCUGGGUUGCAUUGUCAUCAAGCAUGAAAGCCUUUACCUACUCUCUGCUGCAGCCGUGAGUCAUUUGGAUCUGUAAGUCGAACUUUAAUUGCUUCUUGUGAUGAAAUAGAAGUGCUUGUGUUGAUUUUA